AUGGCUUAUCAGCAUGUUGAAACCAACCCACAUUUUAUCGAUCCUGAAGAAAAAACACCAGAUCAACGUCAUUAUCUACCUGCUGCCUUGUUGCCACGACGUGGUCCUGACCAGCGUAUCCCUUCACAUCGUCCUCAAGACCAACGUCCUCAGCCAAGACAUUAUGGGGACGAAGGUCCCCAGCCGCUUGGUCCGUCUCCUCCAGAACCACAUCAUGAAGGCCAACCUUACCCGCCACUACAUGUAUGGGUGCCCCCAGUACAUCAUGAAGACCAAAGCCCUCAAUCACAACCACAAAAUAGCCAAGGUCAACAGCGGCAGCCACUUGAAAUGUCGACGCCACCCUCAUCGAUUCAAGGUCUAACCCCCAAAACACAGAAACGUCAAGGCCGGUCAGGCAAGAAAGUGAAGAUGCCACCACAGCUUCAAGACCAACAUCCUAGCGCUCAAUUGAUAAGACCACUGGGUGAAGUCACCGAACACCAGCCUAGUCCAGGGGUAAUAACACCACAGCCCGAGGGCAAGCAUCCCCAUGAGCAACGCCCACGCACUAAUCUUUUUCUCCCACGAGACCGUCCAACCAAACCUCUAACAUGGUUUGCAGCAGCUUUCUGUAUAAUUUUUUGGCUCGUCAUAAUAAUAGGAGGCUUAAUCGUUCUCAUAGUCUAUCUCGUCUUUCGACCACGCAGUCCACAUUUUGAUGUCAAUAGCGUCAGCUUGAAUGCAGCCUAUCUGGACAUGCGUUACUUGCUCAAUGCUGAUCUUAGUGUGCUUGCGAACUUCACAAAUCCAAACAUGAAGGUGAGCGUGGAUUUCAGUUACAUGUACCUUGAUCUUUACUUUGAGAAUAGUAUGAUUGCUACCCAAUACAUAGAACCUUUCUCAGCGGCAAGAGGUCUGUCAAUGAUUGCAAAUAUUCACAUGGUAACCAGUCAGGUUAGGCUUUCAUUGAAAGAAACUCUGCUGCUACAAAAGCAGAUUGAGAACAACCGAGUCAUGUUUACAGUCAAGGGGAAGUUUCGAGCCCGAUACAAUCUCGGUGGUUUCUUGAAAUAUUCGUAUUGGUUGCACGGUCAUUGUAGCCUGAUGGUGUCCAGCCCUCCAAAUGGGGUCUUGAGAGCUAAAAGAUGCAAUACGAAACACUGAUAAGGAAUCCAUUGUAAUUAUUUGUUCUAUUUUACUAGAGAUUCAAUACUCAUUAUAAUAACAUCAGAAAUUAAUUUUGCUCUUUCUUGAAAUAAAACCACUUUGAAGAAACCAUUUGAUAUCUGUCAAAACUGAUUUUGCAAGUGUAAGAAGAAAUCAUCACCAUAGCUCCAGCUCUUUUUCUUAC